AUGGCGGAUUCGAUGUUCAGGCACGGCACGACCCAGUACGAGCAGGACAACGGCACAAUGGGGCAAAGCAAUAUCUCGGCUAUGCCCUUCGACGAUCGGAACGAGAACACAGGUGCGAGCUUUGUGCGAACCGACCCGGGUACGCAUCACCACUCCGGACCGCCGCAACAGAGGGCGGGCAGCGGCGAAGCAAGAGACGCGAUAUGCAGCCAACACGCGGUCGAGACGCGCACCUCGGGAAGAGCGGCAAGUGUUGGUUGCGGCGAUCAUGGACAGGCACUCGUCUUUCCUCAGCGUACCGUAGACGGAAUUUUGAUGAGGGUCGGCAGAGAGAAAGGAUCUGCAGCAGCUUUUGCACGGCCGCCAAAGCCUACCUAUCGGCAUGCAGGGGUGACACGACGUGCAAGCUGCCGUGACGAUGAACAUGCAUGGCUCGUCAGGAGCUCCGAGAGAGACAUUGCUGCCGCGAGCUGUGACGGAGGCAGUGGCGGCGGGCCUCUUUCGACACUGGAUGAUGGCUUCGACCGCCCCACGUUGAUCCACGGUGACCUGCCAGGUUCAAUCAUCGCAACGACGGGCAAGGCAGAACUUCUGGCCGCCCUCCCCGCAGAGCCAAGCAGAGUCACGCAGACAGCGCCCCGAGUCCGCGCUUCGUUCCGCAACCGUCUCUCGGCUUCUUCUCCCGCUGCAGUCGUUUGGCGGGAUCGUUGGACCCUGUACGCCGUGAUCAGCAGCUUCCUUGUAUGGGGUUCUAUCGGCUUCCUGGAAUCCGAGCUGGUUCGGCGAAACGUCGAGGGUAUCCAAGCGUCCUUUGUACCAAGGAUUCCGAGUCAUGCCGCCACGCGUCCGCUUCUGCGAUCCGCGCUCAUUGACAUCACGUUCCGCAGCAGAGAGCCUCUGACUAGGCGCCUUCCAAACAUUCACAUGUUCUUCCGCAGAGCACAUGUCACAAUGUCCCUCACCCCUCACCCUCCUCUUUCUUUCUAUAGCACUUCUGAGGACCCGCCAGCCGACGUCUCCCUGCUCGUCACUUUGACGUCGCCACAUAUCGACCGAUCUUGCCAUCGCAUCCUCCACAGCAAGCGCUGGCAAAAUAGGUCAGCGCCGCUGAUUUCUACAACCUUGUCGGGCGCCAACAUGGAGCUCUCGGUGGACGUUCAUUCCACCGACGUGUUUCUGUUCCCCACAAAGCGACAACGCCAGCGAUCGUCAGACAUCACUACUUCACCCACCGAGUCUGCGCUCGGCUCACUGUCUCCAUCCACGGUGAUCCCGAAUACGGGAGAAUCGCCGGCCUACAGCGAGUUGGACGACGGAGAUGUCUUCUCGUCGACAAACCUAUCGAACGACGACCAUGCCGUGCUGUACGCCUACGUCGAUAUUCGCUUUCCGCUGCCGAGCUCGUCGUCCUUGGCCUCAGCCUCCCGCAUUCGCAAUCGACUCAAGAGCCUCACACUCACUUUGACAGGGAACGAAAGCAUAUCGUUCCCGAGCGGCGCAUUCGAGAUGAAUCGCACAUUUCACGACGAGAAGUCGAUCGACGAAGUGCUCGACCUCGACUACUUUGAGCCGGGGAAGACAUACAGAUUUGAACGCAGCUUCCUGGUCGAUCAUAAUGCAGCCCCCUUUCAGCGAAGCAGCCUGGGUGCUAACAAUCAGAAGCUUGUCGCCAAGGCGACGUUCCACAGCCUCCUUUCCAGGUCGAUGACCGCCACGAAAAAGGUCUACUUUGUCGACUGCAAGAGCGAUGAAGGCAACGAGAUGAUCGUUUGGGACAAGGACGUGCGCACGCAUGCCGACGGAAUCGGACCUUUCAGCCUACGCAACCGCUCCGAGGUCUUCACCGUCGGAGGCUAUCUGCGAACCAACUUUGACCUGCUCAGCCCGCUGGAUGGUGUUCGGAUCGUCGGACUGCGCGCAUUUGUCGAGCAACGUGCUACUCUCAGUUCUCGAAGUCAACGUCCGGGAUAUGUCGAGACGGUAAAGCCGCGGAAGGAGCGAUUUCUGGAUCUCGACCGUCGCCAGAUCGAGGAGCUCUUCCGCACCAAAAAACUUCAGGGCGGAGGCGAAGGCGUGUCGCCCGAUGGUGAAUGCUACCCGUCGCUGGAAGUCGUCUCGCGUCUUCCGGACGACAAGAAAAUCCGACCCUCGACGGUGGACGGGAACGAUGCCGCGAUCCGCUUUCGCAGCUACAUCGACUACGAGAUCGACUUUAUCGAUGGAGAAUUCCGACCUCUCGGCAACGAGUCGCCCGAGGCCGACGAGCUCAUCUACGUGGAUGGGCAGAAGAUGAAGCGCUUCCACGUUUCGAUCCCGGUCGUACUCAACUCGUGUGCCUGCAGGCCAGACUCGCUCAACCUCCCGUCGUAUGCAUGCGAGGAUCCGAUGCCUGUCGCGUGUAUCCGCGAGAAGGUAGCUCAGCUGGACGCUCUGCAUGACAGGCAGACCGAUCCUUCUGCCUUCCCGUGCAUUUGCACCUUCACACUGGAAUCGCUCCUCGAGGUGGAAAAAAAGUCGCUCGCGCAGAGCCAUGACUCGGACGCCGCAAGCAGCCGACGCUCAGCGCCGCUCCUCCAUGAUUUUGAUCCGCUCCCUGCUUACAAAAGGUUCUGA